GCUCUGUGGUCCUCCUCUCUCAGCAGACCUCAAUAGUUGGCGGAUGAGGGCGCCUCACCGCCGUCAGACACCCACAGUCUUUCUCUUAUUAGUGCACGCGCGCCCCUCUGAACGGGACCAGAUGAUGAGCGCCAAAUAAGACGAAAACCGUCCACGCGUAAAGUUCGCAUCCGAUUCACUACUUCGGUGAUGUGAAAACCUCGAAGGAGGAGAUUUUUCUACGAGUCGGGUCGAAAGGGAAGCUUGAGGAGUCGUGCCUGUUGGAGCUGGCGCUGACCAUCAAAUGACCAACUUCUAAAAAAGUCGCUCUGGGCUGUUCCUGCAGUUUCUCAGCUCGAAACCUCCGCAACAACAUCAUGACUGUCUCGCUCUCCUCCAUCAUUUUGCUUGUACUCCUCAAUUCUGCUUUGGAUUGGCUCCCCACUCCAGGAUUUGCAUUUCUCAUGGAUCAUGACCAAAGAUCAUCAUCGGCUACCCUUGAGCCUCACUUCACAGACUGCAUCUCGAGGGACCAGGUGACUUUCCGCUGCUGGUGGAGUCCAGGCAGGCUCCACAACCUGUCCUCUCCUGGAACACUGAGUGUAUUUUACCUAAAGAAGGACUCUCCAACUAGUGAAUGGAAGGAAUGUCCUGAGUACAUCCAUGAAAACAGAGAGUGCUUUUUUGAUGCAAACCACACAUCCAUUUGGACCCCCUACUGUGUCCAGCUUCGUGGCCAAAAUAUCACCUACUUCAAUGAAGAUGACUGUUUCACAGUGGAAAAUAUUGUGCGUCCUGACCCUCCUGUGUCUCUAAACUGGACACUGCUGAACAUCAGCCCCUCUGGACUCAGUUACGAUGUCCUAGUCAACUGGGAGCCCCCGCCCUCUGCAGAUGUUAGUGUAGGCUGGAUGCGCAUAGAGUAUGAAGUCCAAUAUAGAGAGAGGAAUGCCACCAACUGGGAAACGCUGGAAAAGCAGCCUCAUACUCAGCAGACAAUCUAUGGCCUGCAAAUUGGAAAAGAGUACGAAGUGCAUAUCCGCUCCAGGAUGCAGGCCUUUGUCAAGUUUGGAGAGUUCAGUGACUCCAUCUUUUUCGAAGUGACAGAGAUUCCCAGCAAUGAUUCUACAGUCCCAUUCACACUGGUUCUAACCUUUGGUAUUGUCGGUGUCCUGAUGGUUGCCAUGUUGAUAGUCAUUUCUCGGCAGCAAAGAUUGAUGAUGAUUCUCUUGCCUCCUGUUCCUACGCCCAAAAUCAAAGGCAUUGAUUCAGAAUUGUUGAAGAAGGGGAAACUGGAAGAGUUGAACUUUAUCCUGAAUGGUGGGGGUGGAGAUGGCCUACCAGCCUAUGCAACAGAUUUCUAUCAAGAGGAGCCUUGGGUGGAGUUCAUUGAGGUGGAUGAAGAGGAUGUAGAAGGUGAAGAUAAGGAAGAUAAUUACAAUUCAGAUACCCAGAAGCUCCUUGGUCUCCCCCACAGGACUACAGAGGGCUGUAGCACCAUCAGCUACCCUGAUGAUGACUCGGGCCAGGCCAGCAGUGACAACACAAAUCUGCCUGCACAUGACAGCCAGAUGCUCAUAGCGUCCUUGCUGCCGGGCCAACCUGAGGACAACGAGGAUACCGUUGAUACUCCAGCCUCGGAGACAGGUGAAAGGCCGCUUAUCCAAACUCAAAUCAGGGGGCCACAGACUUGGGUCAACACAGACUUAUAUGCCCAGGUCAGCAAUGUUAUGCCCUCUGGGGGGGUGGUGUUGUCCCCUGGCCAGCAACCUAAAAUCCAGGACAACACCUCAAGUUCAGAGAGUAAGACACAGAAAGGAGAAAAGAAAAAUGAAGACAAAGAGGGGAUAGAGGAACAGACAAAAAAUGAGCCCCGUUUUCAGAUGCUUGUCGUGAUUCCAGAGGGAAGCGAAUACUCAGCUGAGAGUGACGCCAUACAGACCAGCACUCCCCCCAGCUCUCCGGUGCCUGGGUCAGGGUACCAAACCAUACAGCCACAACCAAUGGAGACCAAACCUGCAGCCAUGCCAGAUACCAAUCAGUCACCAUAUAUUCUCCCUGAGUCUCCCCAGUCUCAGCUUUUUGCCCCUGUUGCAGACUACACAGUGGUGCAGGAGUUGGACACGCAUCACAGUUUGCUCCUUAACCCACCUCCCAGCCAGUCUCCGUCUUUGUGCCAACCACAGCAUCCCCUCAAAGCCCCGAUGCCUGUAGGAUACGUCACCCCUGACCUGCUUGGGAAUCUCACACCAUAAGUUUACAGCAUCAGCAUAUCUUAACUACAGGUGUAUGGCUAAUUGUUCAGAAAGUCAGGAUGCAGUAGCUAUACACGAUUCCUGACAAUUAAAAAAAACAUCCUGUAGCUCAUCAAUGUAUAACUAUGUAUACAGGUGUUCAGAGGAUAUACAAGGGAUUAUAUAAAUGUACAUCUCAACAAGUUAAAAUCUGAAAACAAUGUUCCUCAGCAAGUCAGUUUAAAAA